UGCUGGAGAUCUGCCACUCCAUGUCCCUCUGCUGCCUCUCAAGAGGAGCAUCCGGACCCAAGUGUUAGUCAUGUCCCAGCUGGUGGAGUGUGUCCCCAACUUCUCAGAGGGGAACAACCAAGAGGUGAUCGAUGCCAUCUCUCAAGCUAUCGCCCAGACUGCAGGCUGUGUGCUGCUGGAUGUGGACGCCGGACCGUCCACCAACCGCACUGUCUACACCUUUGUGGGGCAGCCGGAGCGGGUGGUGGAGGGCGCCCUCAGUGCGGCCCGCGUGGCCUGGCGCCUCAUCGACAUGAGCAAGCACAGGGGGGAGCACCCUCGCAUGGGUGCCCUGGAUGUGUGCCCCUUCAUCCCGGUGAGGGAUGUCAGCAUGGACGAGUGUGUGCUCUGUGCCCAGGUCUUUGGCCAGAGGCUGGCAGAAGAGCUCAAUGUGCCAGUGUAUCUUUAUGCUGAGGCAGCUCGGACGCCCGGUCGCAGGACCCUGCCCGCCAUCCGGGCCGGGGAGUACGAGGCCCUGCCUGAGAAGCUCAAGCAGACCGAGUGGGCCCCUGACUUUGGCCCCAGCUCCUUUGUCCCGCGCUGGGGCGCCACUGUCACAGGUGCGCGGAGGUUUCUCAUCGCGUACAACAUCAACUUGCUCAGCACCAAGGAGCAGGCUCACCGCAUUGCGCUCAACCUGCGGGAGCAGGGUCGUGGGAAGGACCAGCCAGGACGCCUGAAAAAGGUUCAAGGCAUUGGCUGGUACCUGGAGGAGAAGAACCUGGCUCAGGUGUCCACGAACCUUCUGGACUUUGAGGUCACAGCACUGCACACAGUGUACGAGGAGGCCUGCAGAGAGGCACAGGAGCUGAACCUUCCGGUGGUGGGCUCACAGCUGGUGGGUUUGGUGCCUCUGAAGGCCCUGCUGGAUGCGGCCACUUUCUACUGCGACAAGGAGAACCUGUUUAUCCUGGAGGAGGAACAUCGGAUCCGACUGGUGGUGAACCGGCUGGGCCUGGAUUCCUUGGGGCCCUUCAACCCAAAGGAGAGGAUCAUUGAGUACCUGGUCCCUUCUGGGGACCCUGAGCAGAGCCUGCUGGACAAAUCCCUGAGUGCCUUCAUCGGUGAGGUGGGCGCCAGGUCCCCGGCCCCUGGUGGUGGCUCCGUGGCAGCGGCUACUGCUGCCAUGGGAGCAGCGCUGGCCUCCAUGGUGGCCCAGAUGACCUACGGGAGACGCCAAUUUGAGCACCUGGACUCGACCAUGCGGCGCCUGAUCCCACCCUUCCACGCAGCCUCGGCCCAGCUGAAGUCGCUGGUGGACGCCGAUGCCCAGGCCUUCGCUGCCUAUUUGGAGGCCAUGAAGCUGCCCAGGGGCACUCCCGCGGAGAGGGACAGGCGUGCGUCUGCUCUGCAGGAGGGGCUGAAGCAGGCCGUCACUGUGCCACUGACGCUGGCGGAGACUGUGUCCCAGCUGUGGCCAGUGCUACAGGAGCUGGCUCUGUGUGGGAACCUGGCCUGCCGGUCGGACCUACAGGUGGCAGCCAAGGCUCUGGAGACUGGCGUGUUUGGAGCUUACUUCAACGUGCUCAUCAACCUGAAGGACAUUACUGAUGAUGUGUUUAAGGAGAAGAUCCAUCUUCAGGUAUCCAGCCUCCUUCAGGAAGCCAAGACCCAAGCCACGUUGGUGCUGAGCAGUCUAGAGGCACGGCAGGAGUGAUGGCUCCAGAGCCCUCCCCAGACAGACAGCAUAGCCCUCAGUGGCCCCUCACCCAUACCAAGAGGCCCAAGCCUUCCCUCGGGGGAGACUCAACCAUGACCUCGGGGUCAGGAUGCAGGAUCUAUACUCAGCUGUCCAUGGGGACCAGAAGAUGCAACAGAAGC